AUGACUAAUUGUUUUCCUAAACUCUGUUGUGGACUUCUUCUCCUCUUGCUGCUUGCUGCAGAAUCCAUUCUCGGAUUCAACAAUAGCGCAGAAAUAAAGUGCAUUGAGAGGGAGAGACAGGCACUCCUCAACUUCAAACAUGGUCUCAUAGAUGUCCAUGACAUGCUGCUGUCUACAUGGAGAGAUGACGACAACAGUCGAGAUUGUUGCAAAUGGAAAGGCAUUCAAUGUGACCAUCAAACAGGUCAUGUAACCAUCCUUCGUCUCCGUGGUUCGGAUACACAAUAUUUGAGUGGUGCAGUCAAUAUCACUUCACUGUUUUCCUUGCAAAAUAUUCAACAUUUGGAUAUCAGCAACAAUGAAUUUAUAGAGAGUCACAUCCCAGAACUCAUGGGCUCACUUACCAACUUAAGAUAUCUCAAUCUCUCCUAUUCUUAUUUUGGUGGUAAUAUUCCUACCCAACUUGGAAGCCUUACACAUUUAUUGUCUCUGGAUUUAAGUCACAAUUAUCUUCUCCAUGGAGAUAUCCCUUAUGAACUUGGAAGCCUUACAAAUUUAAG